GGAAAUGAGAUAAAACUGAGCUGCCACUUUAGGAAAGCUCUCAUUCACUCACUUGUGCAGCCAGAAACCUCUGAAACCAAAAGUAAAAAACGCUAGAAGACUUUUUUAUUGUGCUGGAUGGCAGCUGUGUUCUGCACAAAGAGGAGAGAUCAACAGGUGGAGGGAAUGAAGUUUGGAUUUUUUGCACUUUUUUUUGUGGAUUUUUUGUCAUUGGCUGUUUUUGGGUUGUUUUUCAACCUUGUAUCUUUUUCUGAAGACAUUUCUGUUUAAGAAGUACACUGAGCUACAACCCUGAAGAUAGCACACCUCUGAACAGACUAUGAAUGUGCUGUCGAACCCGGUGAUCAGGGCCCAGGAGCAGCCCCUACCUCUCUGUGGCCCUGGGUCAAUCCAGGACUUGCCCCACUGCCCUCCAGGGUUUAACCUGAGCUCCCGCCUAAACCCCACGCCCGCGCUCGGCCUCCAGGGUGGCCAAAGACCAACCAAACCACAGAGGGAGCUCAGCGCAGAGGAGCAGCAGGAGCUCAGGAGGAAGAUCAACAGCAGGGAGAGGAAGCGGAUGCAGGACUUGAACAUCGCCAUGGACGCUCUGAGGGAGGUCAUGGUGCCUUACGCCUCCUCGCCGUCAUCUGCCUCCCCCCCCCAGUCCCACCAGCCCAGAACUCCUCCGGGCCGCAGGCUGUCCAAGAUCUCCACCCUGGUUCUGGCCAGGAACUACAUCCUCCUCCUGAGUUCGUCCCUGCAGGAGAUGCGGCGGCUGCUGGGGGAUGUGAGCGUCGGGAUGGGGGUGAACGCGGGGCCAGUCCCCCGGCUGUUGCUCGCCGGAGGGUGGCCCCUCAUAUCUGGCCCCAGUCAGCUCCUCCUCACCCAGGAGUCCCUCCUCACGACAGCAGCCUCCUCCUCUUCCUCCACUCCAUCGUCGUCUGCCGCCAAAUGUCCCCUGCUGUCUCCGAGCCCCAUGGAGGCCGCGCUAGCUCCUGUGCAGUGGGGCUCUGCAGGGGCCUCAGGAGGGCCCCUGUGCCCCUGCGGAGUCUGCAGACUGCCCAGAUUCAGCCACUCCACCCCGGCUCCGAGAUUCCCAAAGUGACACGUUUGAAGUUUAAGAAAAGACUUGAUGACUGUUAUAUCUUUUUUUUAUAUGAAUUGUUAUUUUUCUAACAUUUUUAACUUGUUUAUAAUAUUCUACUGCAAUAACUCACAAUUACCCUUUGAGCUUUUUAAACCUAAUGGAUCUACUUUGUAUUUGGUAAGCCAAUUUCUUUCUGAAGCAAAUAUAAUAAUCCCCUUUUUGGUUCAGAGAUAAAUUAUAUUGUAUUACUCGUUUUAUAAUCCGAGAAUCAAUUGACUACUUUGAUGAUUCUUGUUGAAAGUGUGAGCUGUAAUGUGUAUGGUGUGUUUGAUUGCGGUGUUGUAGGUUGUUGGUUGAAAGAUGGUCACAAUUUCAGGGGCCCACAACUGGAUAGGGCCCAAAUCAAAAAAUCUUGUGAAAUAAAAAGUAUAAUAUAAUAUUUAACAGCA